CAUGUCAAUCCAUCUGGAGUAUAUCAAAAUAUGGCUAAACCCAUACAGAUAUACUCGAGGCUGAGAAACCCACCUGACUCAAAAAACAAACUAUUAAAGUGUUGGGUUAAAACCACUGAACGAGAAGAUGAACUCAACAUUUUCGAUAAUGGAAUGGAUCGUAAUUAUUUAUUUAGGUUUCAGAAGGUAUUUAAUCAAAAUAACACCCAGGAAGAUGUGUUUAAUAUAGUUGCAAAACCUGUGAUACAAAGUUUUUUGCAAGGUUACAAUAGUACAAUUUUCGCCUAUGGUCAAACAGGAAGUGGGAAGACCUACUCAAUAACAGGCUGCCAAAAAGUCUACGAACACAGAGGAAUCAUCCCAAGGACUUUGGAAUACCUGUUUGAAAUGCUCCAAGAGAAUACCAAACAUUUUACCAUGUCCAUUUCCUACAUGGAAAUUUACAACGAAAUAGCCAUUGACCUGUUAACGAAACGGAGCAGUUUGCACGGAGUAUUGGAUGCUACAUCACGCGUAACAAUACUCGAGGGAACGAAGGGGAUACUUCAUUUUAAAAACCUGAAUAUAAAACACGUGGGCAAUGUCAAGGAGGCCUUAAAAUUGCUCCUCAUUGGAGAAACGAACAGGACCACGGCGGAGACAAUAUCCAAUGUUUGCUCGUCCAGAUCGCAUUGCAUCUUCACGAUUUAUCUUAAGACUCAGGACAACGCCAAAUUAAAAAGUUCUAAAAUGAACAUCAUCGACUUGGCUGGAUCCGAACGUGUAUCGAAAUACAAUCUAAAGGGCACGUUGUUAAAAGAAGCCAAACACAUAAAUUUGUCACUGCAUUACUUAGAACAUGUGAUUUUGUCCCUUUGUAGAAAUCAAAAGCACGUACCCUACAGAAACUGCAUAAUGACGUAUCUGUUAAAAGAUUCUUUAACUGGAAACUGUGUCACCGUCAUGUUGGCCACUUUAAAUUUAGAUGUAUCUGCUUUCAGCGAAACUAUAAGCACGUGUAAGUUUGCUCAAAGAGUCUCACAAAUAUGUACUAAAGGAUAUGCACAAGAGGUUCUAGAUCCAAAGUUGCAGAUUCAAUAUCUCAAGGAAAUUAUUGCGCAAUUGGAAGAGAAAUUGGAGAGCAAGGAAUCUGAGCAUCUUAAUGGAAAGAAAGAGUAUCCAAAAAUGACAAAAGAAGAUAAAGACAUUUGGAAGACUAAAGUGGAAACUUAUUUAACAAAUGAAGACAAAACUUUUGAGGUGGAACUAAACCCAGAAUUGAUUCAAUUUUGUUUCCAAUAUAUGAAGCAAGAAAUGAUUAGCUUGAAGAAAAGCCAAUAUGACACACAAUUAAUAAACGAAGAACCUCUUAAUAAAAAUGUAAGACAUAACUCCGUAUCUUUGCUGAUGGAUCUUGAAAAUCAAGAAAAUGAUGUAUAUACUGAAAAUUCAAAAGAGACUACAAAAAGCUUAAGUUCUCUUGAAACAAUACCAAAAACACUCUAUAACCACCACAAUGGAAUUAGAGUUUCAGAUAUAAAACAUGAAUUAUUUAAAGAGUUUCUGGAUACUACUGGACAAAAUUCUGAUGUCAGCAAGUACAUCAAAGCUUUAGAUUUGAAGUAUGAUAUGGCAAGAAUUUCUUCUGAAACUAUUCUGCAGUGCCAGAAGAACAUAAAAGGAAUAAAAAUGUCCUGGGCUAAUGCAAAAACUCCUGAGGCAAAGAAAGACAUUGAAAAACUCUUAGAGCAGCAGAAAGGAGUUUAUAAGGAAACUUUGUCACUGUUGGAAGAAGUACGUGGCCAAACAGAAUUCAUUCAAGUUAAUUUGAAUAAGGAGAAGAUAAAAUUAUUAAAGAGUUUCAAAGAAUGGAUUUUGAAUAACAAACCGAUGAAAACAAAUGAGAUUAAAAAAGUAGAAAGAGAAUACAAUGAAAUUCAGAAACAAGCAAUUAACGAUAAUGUUAAAAUAAAAAUGGAGAAACAUGAAAGUAAUAAGAAAAAUAACGAACGUCACAUUGAAAAUGGAAAAACCGAAAAAAAUGGUAAUUCGAGAAUAUCUAUGGGGAUAAAAGAGAUUAUGAAGAAAAAGAGUAUUAAUGGUUAUGAAGUAAGAGCUACUAAAGAAAAUAUUAAUUUAGGCCUAGCCCGAGUUAUAAAAGAUGACAACCAAAAACUGACGGAUUGCUCUGGUGAUAAUGAAAGACCAAAAACAACUGAACCUUUAAAAUCGUCAAUAGAAUCGAAAGGCAGUCAUAUUGCCAAUAAUAUUGAAACUGAAAUAGAAAAGUGUGCCAAAACAUUAAAACCUUCGAAUGCAAAUUUAACACCUGAAUCUUUAAAAUCAUCAAUUGAAUCAAAAGGGAGCAAUCAUAAAAUUAUUGGGAAUAACAUUGAGGCUGAAAUAGAAAAAUGUGACGAUACAUCUAAGCCUUCAUAUGUAAAUGUUACAAGUAAAUCUUCAAAAUCAUCAAUCGAAUCAAAAGGAAGCAGUCACAAAAUUAUUGACAAUAAUAAUGGAGGAGAAAUAGAAAAACGUGACGAAACAUUAAAAUCUUCGCACAGUAAUGAAAAUGUUAAGAGUGAUAAUAAUGAAAAUGUAGAUAAGACGAAUGUACAGCAAGACUCAACUGAAAAUAGUCAGGGUUUGUCUGAAGACAUUUUCAAUGAAGGAGAUAGCGAGGAGUUUAAGAAGUAUAUUAAGUCCACCUCGUUAACAGGCAAUUUAGAAAUGGAUAAAGAAAUAGUAUCUUUUUAUAGGGAACGGUUUUCAAGUUAAUUGCGAUGUUUCUUGUUAAUAAUUUUUGUGAUGUAAGAAAUACAAUAUUGGUGAAAGCUG